ACGAUGCCGCGCCGAGGAGGCUGUGUGUGCCCUUGCGACCUGUUGACGAGUAUUGAACGAGUCUGAGCUACCAGCCUAGGUCUCCAUUCAUUUUUUUCUUAUCUCUCCAACAGACUCGCCGAGGUCACGGAGCCGCAUCGCGCAGAGGGGAGAGCUGAAGGAGAAGAAGAAGAAGAAGAAGGAAGAGGAUGAGGAGGUGAAGGAGACGGAGGAACAACGGGAAGGAAAAGGAGAUGAGAGUUAGCGGUGAAGUGAAGGGGCUGCGCCCGAAGUGAGUUCGCUGAGGUGGAGGCGAUUGUGCAGUUCCGAUACUGGUGUGAAGUUUAUUGCACUGUGAGGAGAGGCCGAGGAGAGGCGGUGGUGAAGAGGAGGGAGAGGAAGGGGAGGAGAAGAGAAGACACUGGCAGAGAGGAGUGAGUGAGAGGGAGGGAAAGCAAGAAGAGAGGGCAGGGAAGUGACGAGAGAAGUGAGGGAAAGGGAGAGAGGGAAUCGGGCCGAGGCAGUGCCAUGUGAGCUCCACCUUCAUUUCCUGAAUGAGAAAGACGUUAUUCCUUCUGGGAAGCGAGUGCGACAAACUAGGAGUUGAUGAAACGAGCAUGGCGGGCGAGUGGGCACCUCAGGGCACGGCGAGCGGUGUGGACACGGCGCUGGUGCUGAGGUGGAAGUGAAAUGACUCCCGAGAUGACUGCCGCUCGCGGGCUGUAGGCGCUGCUACCAUGACCUGGGCGGCGCCGGCCGGGGAUCCCGCUGCCGCCGCCACCGCCUCCAGCGUCUUCGUGAGCACCAGCCCCUCGUCCGUGGGCGGCGGGGACAUGGGCGUCGUGGCCACCAUGGUCGGCAACGGGAGCUUCCUCGAGCUCGGGGGCAACUGCUCGGAGCCGCUCGGACACGUGGACUGGGGCGACGUGGGGAUGCUCACGUCGCUCACCGUCCUGGUCAUCAUCAACGCCCUCGUGGUGGCGGGGAACUGCCUCGUCAUUCUGGCCGUGUUCCUCUCCAGCAAGCUCCGCACGGUCACCAACCUCUUCAUCGUGUCCCUGGCGGUGGCCGACCUCCUGCUGGGGAUGGCGGUGCUGCCCUUCAGCGUCACGGUCGAGGUCUUUGACACGUGGCUCUUCGGCGAGCUCUGGUGCUCCGUGUGGCUCGCCGUGGACGUGUGGAUGUCCACGGCCUCCAUCCUCAACCUCUGCGUGAUCAGUCUGGACCGGUGAG